AUGGAGGGCUGGAAAGGAUCAUUUGCUCAAACACAGCUUGAGAAAUUUGGAUGGAACAAAGGUGAAGGUCUCGGGAAGAAUCGAGAUGGCAAUGUCAAGCACAUCUCCGUCAGUGUGAAAAACGAUAAAAAAGGUGUCGGCGUCGGGCAAGAUCAGUGGGAAUUUGCUUGGUGGGAUCACUUGUAUAACAAGAGUGCAAGUUCCGUCAGUGUAGAGAAAGACGAACAGAAAGGCGAGAUCAAAGUAUCAAAGAAAAAGAAGGAUAGCGCACGACGAUCCAAGACGGGUAUUAUCAGUACAUCACGGCCAACGGGCAAGCGGGUGGAUGACGAAACGACUGAAAGUGGAUCGUCCGCCGCCGAUUCCCCACAGGCAUCGGGCAUGGCGGCUUUGGCAGAGGAACGCAACUUAAUGGACACAGUGCGAGAUGUUCAUGUGAAUGUCGCUAAAAAAGUGGCAUCGUCUAUGCUUUAUUCGGGAUUUGUCAAAAGCACUUCGGGCGCAUUGAAUCCAUCUUUGCUCUCUGAUUCCAAACCAUCUUCAGCAGCCACGAGUCCACCCAAGAGUGACGAUGACGAAAGCGACGAUGAUGAAUUGAAGGAUUACUCGAUUAAAAUCAGUGAUGCCGAGCUUUUUGCUGCUUGCGAAGGUCGAACCGCACGUAAAGGCGGUCGCGGUUUGGUAGAACAGAAAGGAAAAUACGCUCGUGUGAUGCAGGAAUAUCUUCGUUAUUCCGACGAUGAAAGCGAGUCGGUCACAGUAGGCAUGAAAAGAAAACUUCAAGGCGACAUCAAAGAUACCACCUCCGAACCUAUCACCACCAAGAAAUCAAAAAAGGAGAAAAAGACGAAAAAGGAUAAAAAGGCGGAAAAGGAGGAAUCAGUAAAGCCGAAAAAGGAAAAGAAAGCAAAGAAGGAGAAGAAGGACAAGAAAGAGAAAAAGAGCAAGGUCAAGGAAAGUACUGAGGUGACAUCCAAGGCUGCCAAGAAAGCAAAGAAAGACAAGAAGGAAAAGAAGGAAAAGAAAGAGAAAAAGAACAAAAACUAG